CCGAAGUUCGGCGAGGCCAUCGUGAACGUGACGGUACCCGUGGGACGGGAAGCUACGCUCACGUGUGUCGUGGACGACCUGGCCACAUACAAGGUGGCCUGGCUGCGCGUGGACACGCAGACGAUCCUCACGAUCGCGGGUCACGUGAUCACCAAGAACCACCGCAUCGGCGUGACGCACAGCGACCACCGCACGUGGUACCUGCACGUGCGCGACGUGCGCGAGCGCGACCGCGGCUGGUACAUGUGCCAGAUCAACACGGACCCCAUGAAGAGCCAGGUCGGCUACCUGGACGUCGUGGUGCCGCCGGACAUCCUGGACUACCCCACCAGCACGGACAUGGUGGUGCGCGAGGGCACCAACGUGACCUUGAGGUGCGCGGCCACGGGGUCCCCGCCGCCCACCAUCACCUGGCGGCGGGAAGGCGGCGACACCAUCCCUCUGGGGAGCGGCGUCGAAGUGACGAGCGUGGAAGGGCCGGUGUUCAACAUCACGAGAGUGAACAGGCUUCACAUGGGAGCGUACCUCUGCAUAGCGUCCAACGGCGUGCCUCCCACCGUCAGCAAGAGGAUCCUGUUGACGGUGCACUUUCCACCAAUGAUCUGGAUCCAGAACCAGCUAGUCGGAGCAGUGGAAGGGCAGCAGAUCACUUUGGAGUGCAACUCUGAGGCGUAUCCGAAGUCCAUUAACUACUGGACCAGAGAAAGAGGAGAUAUAAUUGCACAAGGUAACAAGUACGAGCCCGCGCUCCUGAACAACGCCUACAAGGUGCACAUGAAGCUGACGAUCCGGUCCGUGGGGCCGGCGGACUUCGGCUCCUACAAGUGCGUCUCCAAGAACUCCCUGGGCGACACCGACGGCAGCAUCAAGCUCUACCGAAAACUUAGCUCAGACUACGAUGGGAACCAGGGUCCCAACGAAAUUCUAGGAAUGUCUGAUCCUCAGCAGAUUGCCAAGCACAAAGACAUGAAAUUGAGAGGCAGAUCAAGAGAAUCCAUGGACCUUCUUGACGCUUCAGCGACUGCGAAACCCUCUUCUACAGCGGCAGUUUUUCUAGUCGCUGCCUUCUCCGUUCGCUUCCUUCUGCCCGCCACUUCGUAGUCGUGUUUUGUUCCCCAGCUUCUGCGUGGUUGGCGGAGACGACGAGCACUCCGCGCCAGCAUGUGAACAGAGUCUGUGCUUGUUACCCCGUGUAAAUAAUCGCGAUCGGACCACAGCUGAAUGGUUCGCUGUCUUCACUAUACAUAUCUGUAUCUCAUAGUUUUGCUCAGACGAACGCUUUUAUUUCCAAGCGCGUCGUCGGGUGUAUUCAAUUUACUCUUCGGAGUGUGCACAAUUUUUACUCAAGACAAUAAAAGUGAGAAAACACUAGAUUGAUUGUGCGCGGCUGAAACACAUAAUAUAAAUUGGUUAGUGCUUUAAGGUAAUAUUUGUAUGACAUGAAGAUGUUUCGUGGACGCUGUAGAACAUUGUAGACAAAAGACUGAACUCAUGCAUUUCUGAUGGCUCCAAUAAUUUAAGGAAGUACCUAUGCCUUUACAUUUUAUUUUAUUAUUCCAGGAUAAUACAAAUGACGCAUUAAACAUUUAGUUGAGCUAAGUAUAAAGUAUUAUUUGUUAGUUGAAAGUAUUUAAAUAUAUUUACUUGGAUUUCCGGAUGAAAAUAAAACCAAUAUUAUUUUAUGUACAAUUA